AUUACUUGACUCCCUGGUAUAACUCUCAAACACCUUAGGGCGUAAACUUUAGAGAACAUAUUAUUUCACCAUUUUAGAACAUCUUGAUUUAUCCAUGAAAAAGAGUUUGUUGUUGUUUGUUGAAGAAAAUGAGACCCAUCCCAGAUUUUCCUUCAGCACUGUAGCAAGGCUAGCAAAGAGCCAGCACUCAGCUGAACUAUCUGUUGAGUAUCUGUUGAGUAUUCCUUUAACCUUAAUUGUUAGGGUUAGGGUUAACCCUAACCCUGACUUCAUGAAUUUCCUAAUAAAUAAAAGGUUAACAGUUAGAUGAAAAAAAUACUCACAAUCAUCUUACAGAAUAGAGACAGUAUCAUUAUGUAUAGCUUCUUUCAAUACUGUUGAUAUUUAUUUAGAGUCCUUCUGUCUUAUUGAUCCUUCUGAACUUCAAUAAUCAGCUCAAUCAAUCAAUUUAACUUCCUCCUCCAUCUUUUAGUUCCCAUGCCUUUACGACUGUUCAAAUUAUCCUAUUAUUAAUUAACACUUAAACCUCAAAUAUGAUCAAUCUAUCUCUAUUAAUAGGCUACAUACCGCAGGCCUUUAGGGUGGCAAUAAUCUGACCGUUUAAAAAGUCACCUUUUGACACAGCUAUCCUAGCUACUUAUAGGCCAAUCUCAAGACUUUUUAUCUCAAAAAGUCUUGAAAGACUAGUUUUAAAACAGCUAACUGAUCAUCUGCAGAGGAAUAGUUUACAUGAAUUUGAGUUUUAGUCAGGUUUCACAGCUCAUCACAGUACAGAAAAGGCUUUAGUGAAGGUUACAAAUGAUCUGGAGCUGGAAUCUAUCCCAGCAAUAUGGGUUAAGAAGCAGGGUACUCCCAGGACAGGUCGCCAGUCCAAUGCAGUAUUAACAUAGAGUGAUACACAACCGUUCACUUUGGACUGUGGGAAAAGGCUGGAAUACCCGGAGAGAACCCAUGACCAGUAAGAGCAAGAUCAUGAUUAAUGCUCAUAUACACAGCUGAGUCAUGAGCAUCAGCUGUGCAAAUACAAUGAUGUUGUGCGCCAUGCUUCUCUAAUAUAUUUGUAGCUAUUAUCAGGCAAAAAUACUUUACAUUACUAGAUAGUUUUUAUCACUAAAUCUUUAUCCUAAAAUUGCAGGUGAAACCAGCCAACUGUGUCCACCAUGAAAAUGACCACCACCCGUUUUUAUUUGAGCAUUCCACCCCAAAAGUGGCUCAAAAAAGUUUUCCAGGUCGAUAAAACUAGUUAAGACCAGCACAUAAUGGGGAAGACCAGAGCAGGUGUUUAUGAAGACCGCAAUUUGGCUGGAGGAAUUCUUCUGUUCACCUCUCUGCUGGGCCUGGUUACCUAUAUCUGCGUCUUCUUUUAUCAGCGCAGGCUCAUUAAGCACAUCCGCUGUCCUCUUAUCUAUAUGAUCUGUGUGGAUAUUGUAAAUUUUUUCAUGGGAAUAACUGUAGGAAGUGAAUAUCUUGAGUAUAGCUCCAACUGUAGAAUCUCUUGCAGUUCUUCAUGGCUUUCAGUCGCAUGGCUGUUGACCAGAUUAUAUGGAGUGAUUUUACAUCUUCUGACCUCUGCUUGGUGCCUGAUUCAUCCAAAAAGUGAAUCCAAACAGUGCUAUUUUUUUACAGUAAUUUCCAUUUUGACUUUAGUUUUGUCCCCUGUUUAUGCAUUUGUAAAAGAGGUGGCCAUCUACGUUUUGGGAGUUAUCACCAUUGGGUUGGCUUUGGGUGUCAUUAUAAACUUCAGAUUGUCAGCUGCAUCUCCUGCACCUGCCAAAGAGAAGAAACUGAUCACGACACUCGCCAUGUAUAUUUUCUUGGUUGUCUUCCUCCCCAGUUUUAUUCUUGAGUGCCUAUUCAACAUCAUUGGCACCUCUGACAUUGAAAUAAUUUAUAAGAAUGCUCUAUUCUUCACAAACCUUCAGCUAAUUUUCAAUGGCCUCCUGUGUUUCUUAAUCAUGAAGUUGUCUGCUGGUGCAGAAGAAGAAGAAGAAGAGGAAGAAGAAGAGCAGCAACAACCACAACAACUGUUGCAACUACAACAGCAACAACAGUGGCAACAGUCACUACAUGAUCAGUCGCAACAACCACAAACUCAAUGGCCUCAGUGGCAACAACCUCAAAAACGUCAGUGGCAACAACCACAACAUCAGUGGGAGCAACCAGAACAACGUCAAUGGCAACCACCGCAACAACAGGGCUGGAGACGUGAUGCUUCUGUAUUUACUAUACAUAAUGGACGAAACUCACAUUAAAUUGCUGCACCAGACUACUGUGAGUUCGUAGAUGGAUAUGUUGGACAAACUCAUCAACAUUGUCUUUGUCUGUGUACAUCACUUUCUAUUUUAAACUUAUUUUGCUUCAUUUGUUAAAGAGGGAUGGUGGCUUCACUAGAAGUUAAUCUCCAGCAGUAAUUAGAAGAUUGCAUUUCUUGUCAUAUUCAUAUUGCAGUGAAUGUAAUGAAGAUAAAAUCCGAGUUGAAGAUCAUCAUUGUACUCUCACUGUUAAUGCUUGAUUUUAAAUCCAAUGUAUAUCAAAGAAAAGCAAGUAAUUUAUUUUUAUAGAGAAAAACAUUAUACUUUACACACUUUGCAUUCUAAAACUUCCAUUCAAUAAACAAAUGUAAAAACUUUU